AUGGAAGGCCUAGGAGUGCGGCCAAGGCUGGAGCCACCGCCUGGUUUGAUCCAGUUCGACGCUGUCCCAUUCCUGUUGUCACUUGUUCAGAUUUUGGUUGAUGAUGACAGUGAUGGUGAUAGCGAUGAUGAUGAUAAUGAUAGCCAGCAACUGUUGCGAGACUCCUUAGCCAUCCAGAGGGUUAAGGCCCUGGUUAACGAGCAGCGCAAGCGGUUGUCAGCAGCUACUAACCUUGUGACCUGGGUCCAGGAGCUAGGCGGGUUAGCAGAUGCAGUUAAGGGGCUCAAGGGUGUUUAUGAGAAGGCAGUGAAUGAGGCGCUGCAAGAGUCGGUCAUCGAAACGGCGGGCCUGGCUAGGCGAACAACAAGGACAUUCCAGAUCCCCGCUGACGUCAGCAGUCUCUUCCUCCCCGACGACUACCUCACCCUGCGCCGCGUGACCCACGCCCUCGCCUUCGUCUCUCUUUCCGCUCGCCUGCUAAUUCCGCUCAAGAACUCAGCGGAAUGUAUCCAGAACGCGGCGUCAGACCCCCCUGCUUGUCACCAGCACGUGAUAGCGCUCCUUGAUACUAUUAGAGCGAUGGGCGAUCCGCUGGCGGCGAGGAUCCGCCGGAAGCUGCCGGAAGACCUGUGGCGGAACGAUGGAAUGUUGUGCUACCUAUGGACGGGAGAAAUGUACGAACAGAACGUGGAGGACGCGGCUCACGAUUUGCGAAACACCCUGGAAAUGAUGUUGGAGUCUGUGAAGGAACUCGACGACCCAGUUGCCACUUCAAGAGAAGCUGUGGAUUGGGACACGCUUGCAGCCACCGGUGCCUUCCCGGGCGUUGACGGUACCCCUCCCCCAAUGACCCUGGAAGGACGGAUGGAAAGAAUGAAAAUCAUCCGCAGCGAACACUCCGCAGUGGUACCGAUUCUGCUCUACACGGACAGGAAAAGGGAGAAGCCGGACGGGUCUCCGGUGUUGGAGGAGAAGACUCCGAAUCUUUUACCCCAGUGCAACGAAUACGGAGGCCCGGGUGUUCGUUACGGAGUGGCCUUUGUGUCCAUUCCAACCGAAGAGGCCCUGGAAAGUGAUUUCGACGCCAUGCACGUGACCGAGGUCUGGCGCUUGGAGAAGCAGCAGUUUCUGGAGUUGUACGUCGGUUGGAGCGACAGUACUGACGACCGGGGCGUGAUUUUCUGCCCGGGAUUUGCCCUCGACUCGGCCGAGCAGCUCUUCCUGGCUGCCCGCUUGAUGAGCGGAAUCCGUUCCAGCGGCCCCUGCGUAGUCAUUGGGUGGCGUUCUCUAGGAGCCCUUGGUUACGGGCCCUGGAUCUCAGACAGGGAACAAGUCCAAGGCCCGCGCCUGGAACUUCGCGAUCUUGUGCGUGACAUAUUCAGAUUCGCCCCCACGGCCAAGCCCGCCAACAUCAUCGCGCACGGAUUGGGCGCUGCUUACAUCACCUACUCUCUUCUCGCACUACCCGAUCAAGCAAUCGCUCAAAUCGGCACGAUUGUCGUCGCUGCAUCCGAGGAGAAAGCCGGAUCUCUCAGAGAGUAUCUAUACCAAAUGGACCACAUGCAAAGCUGGGGCGGCCGUAACGGCGAUCCUCCGUCAGUCCGUUGCCUGCGUUACGUACAGACGCAUAACCGGCCAUUCGCCUUCGAGAAGCUGGUCUUGCCCGACUCUCCGCCCCGAGACGGAGAGUCUCUGGAAGUGUGCUGCGAGAAGUACGUUACCGUCAGUUUCGGGAGCGAGGAUGGAGGCGCGACCAACCACAAUCUGAUUGGUAGGAACCGUCGAGUCUUGGCCGAUAUCGGACAGGCACUCCGAGACCCGGGCGAGGAGUGGAGAGCUGGGCAAGCCGGCCCAGGUCACCAGAAUCUGUACUUGCUGGGGGAAUAG